AUGGGAAAUUGUACCUCAUAUGGGAGGACGGGGUCCAUGAGGACGGCCAAACUGAUUCUGCUAGAUGGUAAACUCGAAGAAUUCUCCUGUCCUAUGAAGGUCUCGAAUUUGCCAAAGAGAAAUCCUGAUUUCUUCAUAUGCAACGCUGACGAAAUGGAAUUUGAUGGCCUAGUUUCAGCUGUAAACGGGGAUGAGGAGCUGCAGCCGGGGCAGCUUUACUUUGAGCUGCCCUUGAUAUUUUUGACGCACCGGCUUCAAGCCGAGGAUAUGGCUUCUCUGGCUGUUAAAGCGAGCGUGGCUCUGAGUAUGAGAAGCGAACAGCAAAUGAACAAGUAUUGUUAUAGACCUAGAAGGGUUGCUGUUGAGGAUCCGCUAGCGUUCUUCCAUGAAGAAAAUGUGAAGGUGAGGUCAACAACGACUCCCCAGGCUGAUUACUGCGAUUUGAGGUUGGUAAAGAGGAGAGGACCACCGGCUGUAGACGGAGCAGGCAAAUCGAAAGUGAGCAAGUUUGCUGCAACGUUGAGUGUGAUACUUGAAGCGGAAGAGUAA